CAGUUCGCAGUUGAAGGAACUGUUCCCACAGAUGCCGGUCAUAUUUAUCAAAGCUAUUACCCAGGACAAACAGGAGACGAAGAACAUUUACGAGUGCCCGGUUUAUAAAACAAGGGAUCGAGGACCUACUUACGUGUGGACGUUCAACUUGAAGUCCAAGGAGAACCCGGCAAAGUGGACGCUGGGAGGAGUUUGUUUGCUUCUACAGGUUUAAAGAUGUUUUUAUUGCUGUGCCGAUUAGUCUAGUGCUGUGUUGUGUUUUGCUGUGACGAACUGAAAAUUUAUUACAAUUAAAUAAAAAUAUAUUAUAUUCCAUGCAAAUAACAGAGAAACGAAA